AUCUCAGAUGUUUGAGCAAAACGAGGAACGUUAAGCGUCAUUGAUACAUAGAGAUAACAGAUUAUAGACCUAACAAACCCCCAGCUGUUGCCAUGGCGAUUCUUUUUGCUGUGGUGGCUCGUGGAACCACUAUCCUGGCGAAGCAUGCCUGGUGCGGCGGGAAUUUCCUGGAAGUCACGGAGCAGAUUUUGGCCAAAAUACCUUCAGAGAAUAACAAACUCACCUAUAGCCACAGCAGCUAUCUCUUUCAUUACAUCUGCCAUGACAGAAUCAUCUACCUGUGCAUCACAGAUGACGACUUUGAAAGAUCACGUGCAUUCAGCUUCCUCAGUGAAGUCAAGAAGCGCUUCCAGACUACAUACGGGUCUCGAGCGCAGACUGCUCUUCCUUAUGCCAUGAACAGUGAAUUCUCCUCUACACUUGCAGCCCAGAUGAAACACCACUCAGACCCACGGGGCUCGGAUCGUGUGACUGAGACUCAGAUGCAAGUUGAUGACCUAAAGGGUAUUAUGGUCCGCGACAUAGACUUGGUAGCUCAGAGAGGAGAGAAGCUGGAGUUGCUGAUAGACAAGACAGAAAAUCUGGUUGAUUCAUCGGUCACGUUUAAAACCACGAGUCGUAACCUUGCACGGGCCAUGUGUAUGAAGAACCUCAAACUGACGCUCGUUGUUGUGCUGGUGUCUCUGGUGGUCCUUUACAUCAUCGUGUCUGCUGCCUGUGGAGGACUCAGCUGGCAGACAUGUGUCAGGAAGUAAGACGGGUGUAGGGAGGAAGAGGGAGACCGAGGAAGGGCAGGGGAUUCGCCUGUUUAACUCCAAAUGCUAAUGGACAAACAGACAUGCAGCGCUCUUUUCUAUAGGCUCCUUACGUUAACAUCGCUGGAAGACACAUACAUUGUCUCCUCCUUCCCACUUUUUCACCCUCACUUUAAAAAAUCUGCACAUUUAUUUGCCUUUCGGACCAGGAGUCCCAACUUUAUACCCACAUUUAUAAGCAGCCGCCACGUGGCCUACAUCCGAUGUGGAAGAAUAAAUCUCGUCCUAUUGUCCGUCUGGUACAUUCAUCCCGUCUCAAGCACUCGUUGGCCUGACGUAUCAGGUUGUGAUCCUGUCUUUCACCUGUCUGUGUAAAUAAUCCAUUCAGACCGAUGAACCACAAAGAUAGCAAAGUGUAACAUGUUGUUCUGCUUUGUUUUCGAUGCCAGAAGAAACAUACGGUACCUGCAAGCAUCAGUAGCACCCAUCUUUUGCUUCAGGUCCAUCAGGACUUCCACAGUUAAGAAUUUGAGCAUCUAUUGAACACCUCAAAGAAAUAGUUUGGAAUUAACCAAUGCAGUAUACGUAUUUUCUACAUAAUCACAUAGCGUAAUACUAACAUCUAAAAUGUAUAUUAUAAAAUAGCAGAUAUGAUGAAAAGAAUGAACAUUGUACAUUAGAUUAAUAUUAUUGAUAGUUAAUGGCUAUUUUAAAGCAUUUGUUAAUAAUGAAAGGAUUUUACCUCCUCCUGGCUGUGAACCCGAUUGAAAGCUUUCCUCGUACCUUUUCCUUUCAAUGAGAUGUUAAAUGUGCCCCUCAUUUUCUGGUUAACACAGUGCACUUUUGAUAAUGUACAUAGACCUUUGUUUUCUGGCAUCAUAUGGCUUUUGAUUUUGUUGUUAUUUAAUUACUGUACAACCAGAUUUAAAUGAAUAAAAUCUAAUGGCUUCAAAGACCUCUGCACAAGGAGCACACAAA